CUCGUCGAAGACCACAACUGAUCUUCUCCCUCCGCCUCAUGACUCACCUCGCCGUCGUGGUCUCCUCCGCCUCUUUAGCAUCGACGCCGUGGAGAUCUGCCCACUGCCUCGACGCCAUCUUCCCCAUUAGCCGCGGUCCAGAGUGUCACCAACCUGUCCGAGAAAGGAAUCGCCACGGUGCAGAUUCUCAUCGGCCUGCCAGAAAUAAAUCGUCGCAGCUGCCGGAAUCUCCCGCCGUGCCUCGUCGUCGCCUUGCCUGGUCGAGCUUGUUGGGAUGCAGAUUCAGAUUUAGGGUUCUUAGAAAGGUAGAAAACAGAAGAGAAAAGGCGCAUUGAGCUGAAUGAGAGGUCUUUUGCCACCCAAUUUUUUUUAUAAUUAAAACAGCACGAAAACGAUGUCGCUGCAUUAGAGUCCGGAAUUAGGCUAGCCGGUUGAACCACUCGAAAUUCCCGAUUUUGACCGGAAUCGAUCGGUUUUGACUUGCCUAUCAUACCAGUAGCAUUCCAGUCAGUUUCAUGACCAGUACCGGUUGAACCUGGUUCAACCGGCCGUCAUGCCACUAGCAUGACAACUAUGCUGAGAAGGCAAAAAUAACAAUACGGGCCUUGGGCAACGUUCCACAAGCCCAUAUCAUCCAUUAGCCCACUUUACGGGUCAGCCCAUAUAGACUGGUUACGGUCUCCCUCCCAGUCUAUCGCUCAUUCCCUCCUCUCCCAAUUAGAAACUGUUUCAGGGUUCAGUUUCAACAUGCUUCCAGCCUCCAGGCGUUCCAUGUCCGCUUUCGUCCAAAGUCGGAAUCUUUCUGUAAAUCUUCAAUGCAAUUUGGUACUCCCUCCAUUUGGGUUUGUUUCCUAUCUGAUUCUUUCUUAGACUCAGCAACCUAAAUUUCCCUGAAAUGCUGCUGAGGAGCUUCCAAACAUCGGGAAAUAAAGCCGUCGCAGGUCUUUCAUGGCUGCCCGGAAGGUGUUUCUCUAUUUCCAGCUCUUCCGUGCUCGAUGCUGCCGCCAAAGAUGGAAAAUUGAAUGUUUUCAUCGUCUCCGGAGAAGUCUCGGGGGACGCCAUCGGUUCUCGCCUCAUGGCUUCCCUGAAAAAGCUCUCACCUUUACCCAUCCGUUUCUCCGGCGUCGGCGGGUCCAUGAUGUGCAAAGAGGGUUUGGAACCUCUAUUCCCGAUGGAAGACAUCUCAGUGAUGGGGCUGUGGGAAUUGCUACCACAUUUGAAUAAGUUUAGGGUGAGGUUGAAAGAAACAGUUGAUGCUGCUGUUCAGUUUAGGCCUCACUGUGUAGUUACUGUGGAUUCCAAGGGGUUCUCUUUUCGGUUUCUUAAGCAGCUAAGGGCUAGAAAUGCCGGGGAAGGAAGUCCGGUGCACUUCCAUUAUGUUGCGCCAUCAUUCUGGGCUUGGAAAGGGGGCGAAGCGAGAUUGAAGGGCCUGAUUGAAUUUGUGGAUCAUGUGUUCUGUAUACUUCCAAAUGAAGCAGCAGUUUGUCAGCACAAUGGACUGCCUGCAACUUUUGUAGGACACCCAGUUCUUGAAGAUCUACUGGAGCUGAACUCGGUACAGAGUGAAUGGAAGAUACAGGGCAACCCUGACCAUUUUCGGAGCAGAUUUGGUGUAUCGUCUGGUGCGGAUGUCAUUUCCUUGCUUCCUGGAAGCCGAUUACAAGAAGUUACUCGGAUGCUUCCCAUUUUUAGGGUGGCUGUCAACAAACUCAAACAUUCGCUUCCUGACUUACUCACAGUCAUUCAUGUGGCACCUAAUCAGGACGUUGAAGAUUUCGUUGGUAGAAUCCUUCACGAGUGGCCUGCACCUGUUGUUUUGGUUCCAGGAGGAGAUCCCAUUCUCAAAUAUGAUGCAUUCAGUGCCAGCAAAGUAGCAUUGUGCACUUCUGGAACAGUGGCAGUGGAGUUGCAGCUCGCACGCCUACCAUGUGCAGUUGCAUAUAGAGCCCAUAUCCUCACCGAAUGGUUCAUUCGGUACAAGGCGAAGAUACCAUACAUCUCACUGCCUAAUAUACUCAUGGAUGCUCCUGUCAUCCCUGAAUCUCUAUUCCAAUCAUGCACACCAACCAAUCUAGCUGGGUUACUUGGGGAGCUCAUGGAAAGUAAGGAACGUCGGCAGGAACAGAUUGUCGUUGCUGAGAAGGUACUCAGGCUUCUGUUUCCUUCUGAAAGAGUAGCAAAACCCUUGGGCGGAGGGGAUGGUGAAAUGAACUUCCCACAUUGUACCCCAAGCUUGGUCGCUGCAUCCACCAUCCUAAGCCAUGGGAAAUGAUAUCUGCUCUUCAGAUCAAUCACUUUCACUUAAUUAUGUAGCAGGGCUCAGUUUGUGUUGGUGAUUAAAAUAUAUGUGCCAUUUUCUCACAAUUUGGUAAUGUUCCAUGGUUUUAAAUAGCCACUUGAUGGAUGGGCAAAUUCUGUAGUGUACUUGAUGGGUUAACUGAUUAGAAUUAUGCAAUGGUAUGGUUUGAGAAUAUGAAA